AUGUCGGCCGUUUUCAGACGGGCUGCUAGCAAUGCCUCUCGCACUAGACUUUUCUCUUCCUCUGCUACUGCACGCAAAGACCUCGUACAAGACUUGUACCUAAAGGAAAUUAAAGCUUACAAGCCAGCACCUGUCCCCCAAAACGCACACGUCGGCCUCGUCAAACAAUACUCCCCACCCCCCGCACCCAAAGCUCCUACCCUCCCUUCUGAUAUCUCUGUUGAACUAUCAGAGUAUAGCUCUUCCGAACCAGCUGGGAUCGCACCCACAACCACAUCAUCCGCUAGUGCUCAUGCAUUUGGGGGCGAAGACAAUGCAGGUAAUGUGAGCGGUGCAGAUGCGUAUUUGGGGUUCCUUGAGCAGGAUUUGCCGAAACGCGAGGAACACCAUCAUUAG